AUGAGAGUUUCGCGGCAAUGCGUUACUCUCUAUCUCUCUCUGCGUAAACCCGACCACUCUCGUUUGCCUCUUCAUCUCUCGUGCUUCAGCGGGAAUCGGAACCCUACAAGGCGGUGCAUUGUGAAUUUACCAUAUCCCAGGGGCUCAAUGGCACCGGCAAGGAAAUCUAGAAGUGUUAAUAAGCGGAUUUCAAAUUCGAAUGAUGUUUCUCCGGAGAAAGAUGGAGUUAGUUCUAAUAAAAACAAGCAACGGAAGAAAAAGUUGACUGAUAAAUUGGGAUCUCAGUGGAGCAAAGAGGAACUAGAGCGAUUUUAUGAAGCAUAUAGAAUGUAUGGGAAAGACUGGAAGAAGGUGGCUGGUGUUGUACGUAAUAGAUCCACUGAAAUGGUAGAAGCUCUUUACAAUAUGAAUCGGGCAUACCUCUCUCUGCCUGAGGGCACGGCUUCUGUUGUUGGUCUCAUAGCAAUGAUGACAGAUCACUACAAUGUGCUGUUUGUUACAGCUGUUCUGCUACCCAUAUGUAAUACUCCUUUGCUCAUAAACCUAUAUGGGUUCUGUAAGUUGCACCUUUUCUCUUUGCCCCUCAUGGAAGAGAGUGACAGUGAAAGGGAGAGCAAUGAUGCACCAGGAUCUCGGAAAUUUGUAAAACGAAAGCGUGAAAAAAUUCAGCUUAGUGUGUCUAAAGAUCAGUCUCAUUCAAUUGCAUCGAGUGAUGGUUGCCUCUCUCUACUGAAGAAGAGACGCUUAGAUGGUAUCCUGCCUCAUGCGGUUGGUAAAAGGACUCCUCGUGUACCAGUUUCUUAUUCUUACAAGAAAGAUUAUACAGAAAAUUAUGUUUCACCUUAUAGAAGCCUGAAGUCAACUACUGAUGCUAAUGAUGAUGAAGUUGCACAUGUUGUAGCUUUGGCCUUAACUGAAGCUGCACAAAGAGGAGGUUCUCCUCAAGUUUCUCAAUCACCAUGUAGAAGAGUAGAGCAAAAACCCUCACCUGUCCAGCGCUGGGAAAGAAAGCAGCAAAUGUCAGAGACAGCUCGUGCCAAGUUUCAAAAUCUUUCAGUGGAUGAAGAGUUUUUGGAAGGUAGUACAGAAAGCAGGGAUGCUGAAAAUGGAGAAUAUGCAAGAGAUAAUAGUUCAUUGAUGGAUGAAGGCACAGGUGCAAUUGAAUCUCUUCAGAAGGGGGGUAAAUUUUAUAGAAAGAGAGAGAGAGUGAGAACUGUUGGAAAUCAUCAGCUUGAUGAUGGUGGGGAGGCAUGUAGUGGCACUGAAGAAGGUCUUAGCUUUAGUUCACUAAAGGAAAAGGUUGAUAUUGAGGUUACUAAUGAAAAGCUUGAAAUAUUCUCUCCAAAAAAUGGGAAGAAAAGAAACAAGAAACUCUUCUUUGGAGAUGAAACCCCUGCCUUGAAUGCAUUGCAAACUUUGGCAGAUCUGUCUCUAAUGAUGCCAAUAUCGACAAUGGAUUCUGAAUCAUCUAUGCAGUUGAAGGGAGACAGAAUAGCUGCUGAUAAAGAUAAUAAGUCUGCUUUACCUGAAGCAACAUCAACAAGCCAUAAGAGACAUAAACUUAAGCAGAGUGUGGUCCCUGAAAUUGAGGUUUCAACCUCCAAAAAAUCUAAACUUGGAAAGGAAUUGACAAAGGAUACGAAUGCUCUCUCUGAGUCAAAAGAACAACUUCCUUUUGCUGAUGCAACUUGGAAAAGAAAGCGGAAGUCUAUGGUUUCUAAGGUUGCAAAUUCAAAGCUUGAAUCUUUUCCAAGUGGUCCCUUGAAAGAUGAGGGCAUAAAUGCUUCAGCCCUUCCUGCCCUGAAAGCAAGACAUGAGGAAUGUUUCAUAUGUGAAUAG